UCUCUGCUGCUGCGCAGAGUUGUCCGGCUCCAAGAUCUGGAUGCAACCAUGGGCGGAUUUGCUGCUCUGGAGGUCCCCAGCUGAGCGGGAGCACUUCCCAUCCAGGCCCUAGAACGUCCAGUGGCCCAGUUCAUCAACCGAAGUUACAAGGAAUGCAAGUAGCCAAAUAAACACCACAAUGAAUACAAAGAGAAAGCCACACCCAGGCUCCCAGCUUAGCCCAUGGUUACAGCUGUGAGUGCUGAUGCGUUUAUCUUUGUGGAGCAGAUGGUGGAGACUUGCUCUGAAGGGAUGUGGUCCAGUGUUCUACCCGAUGACUCAAGAGGAAGGUUAUCUGAAGCAACCAUCACGGCAGAUGACCAAGUGCUGGAGAAUGUCAACCGCUUCCCUUAUCUUGGAAGCUAUCUGCCCAGCAAUGCUGGCAUAACGAUGAAAUCCGCCAGUGCCGGCAUAGCUUCUGGAGGUUUACGGAGGCAAGUCUUCGCUGACCAUGACAUCAAAACACAGACCAAGAUUGACAUCUACAAUGUAGUCAUCCCAAUGCUGCUGUAUGGAACAGAAGUCUGGACUCCCUAUAGACGACAAAUAUGUCUGGAGAAAUUCCACCAAAGAUACCUGAGGAGAAUAUUGGGCAUCACGUGGCAGGACAGACGGACCAACAUUAGUGUCCUCACAGUGGCUCAUUCCUGCAGCAUUGAGAUUUUUUGUGCUCAGCUGAGGACUGGGACGAGAUCUCAUGGUGGGCAGAGGACACACUACUGGGAUGUUCUUAAGAACACCAUGGGAAAGUGCAGCAUGAACACUGACACUUGGGAGAGGCAGGUGAAGGAUCUAGUAACCUGGAAUUAAGCCAUUUCUGGCAAGGAACCCUCGCUGGCAGUGCCCAACACUUCGAGGUCAAGUGACGUCUCCAUGAAGAAGAUCAGAGAGACGAUGUAAGGACUGUGGCCGGGCCUGUAUUGGCGCCGCUGGAGAUAGAGACCUCAUGUGCAGCCAUUGCCAGAGAGUGUUCCUUGCCAGAAUUGGCUUAAUUUCUCAUCUUCCCAAUAGGCAUCCAAAGAGGAAUUCUUACUCACUUCAAGGGAUCCCAGAGAAAGAGAGAGCAUGCUGCCUCUUCUGAGGUGAGCCAGUCAGACACCAGGCCUGCAGGUGAACAAUUUGGAAGUGUGGAUGAUGUAUGCGUCAGAAGAUGAGGAAGCAACAGGAGUCGUCAUGCUUUUCUUGUGGACAGCUGCAUUGGUAAGGACACCAUGUCUGUCUGGGCCAACAAGGAACAAUUAGAAUUGCUGUGGCCUUCUCCUGCUCCGCUCUGGCCAUUUAUCUAGUACAUGGUUGUCUGGUUGUCUGUAAAGAUCUGGACUGUUUUGUUAUGGAUGAGAUGCAGGAAGUUGUGGCAGGCAUAGAUCACUGCUCUGGGCUCUAAUAUAUUUAUGUGCAGGCUGGGCUCCUCCAGGGACCAUUGAUCCUGCACCAUGAAUGUGCCCUCCAACCGAGGGGAGACACGUCAGUCGCGCUAGUAUGGAUGGUGGUUGUUUGUGGAAGGGUACUCCACUGGGUCUGUCCACCAAGCCCAGGAUUGUUUCACCUUGAGAGGGACUGAGAUGGUUGUGUUGCUGCUGUGGAAUUGCAGCUUGUAAACUGUCCUUAGCCACAGCUGCAUAGGUCUCAGAUGCUGCCAUGUGGCCCAGAAGUUGGAGGCACGUCCAUGCAGUGACUUGUGGACUGUCUUGAGCUAUUCCCACUAGUUCGUCUAUUGUCUGAAAUCUUCGUUGAGGGAGAGAGGCUACUGCCACUGUGCAGUCCAAGUGAGCUCCUAGGAACUCGAGUGCUUGAGCCGGUUGAAGUUUGCAUUUUGGUAAGUUUAUCUGUAGUCCUAGGCUCUGGAAUGUUAACAUAGUCAGGGUGACUGUAGCCUUUGUUUUCUUAUGUGUUUGUGCUCCUGGCAGGCAAUCGUUGAGGUACAGGAAUAUUGUGACUUCCCACCUGUGGAGAUGUGCAGCCACAAUGGCAUAUACUUUGGAAAAUACCCUUGGAGCCGUGGAAAGUCCAAAGGGGAGCACUGUAUAUUGAAUCGAAGGGCCUUUGUGUGUGCCAGGUGGAGGGACACAUGAACGUAGGCAUUCUGGAGGUUGAGGGUCACUAACCAAUCUCCUUUUCCUACGGCAGGGGUUAUUGAACCGUUGUGGCUGUGCGUACGGGCUGAGCUUUCUUCAAUCAAGACUCAGCCUCCACCCUCCUGUUUUCGUCACUGAGAGGCAGUUGUGAGAGUAGAACCCCUUGACCUUGUGACGUUGCAGCACGGGGCCGGUCGCUCCCACCUGGAGCAAGUGAUUUAGCUCCUGGAUGAGGUUGAUCUCAUGAGAUGGGAUAGAAAGGUGAUGGCUGUGGACUAUGGGAUGUGUGUCUGGCUAUCUUAGAAGUAGUUGGGUUAUCGAGCCCUCGACCUGAACUUCAGGAGGUUUGCUUGGAAAUUGACGGUUGGGAGGUCGGGGUUGAUCAGUGGCCAUCUGGCCUCAUAGGGCCUCUGUGGAUGGUUAAAAGGCAUUGGCCUGUACCUUGUGGUAGGGAAAUGAAUGCCUAACAUCUUCAGUGUGGCACACAAGUCUUUAAGCAUGUGCAGGGAAGCAUCGGUGGUGUCCACAGAGAGGUGAGACCCCCCUGGAAUGGAAGAUCCUCCACUGUACCUCAUGGGGAACCCUAGACACGUGGAGCCAGGUGGCUCGCCUCAUCACCCCGGGCCGUGGCGCAGGAUGCAGAAUCAGAGGCAUCCAGGGCUGUUUGCGGAGCGAUGUGAGCUAUGAAGGCACCCUCAUUUAUGUUGGCCCUGAAUUACUCCUUAGUGCCCGGAGGCUCUCAAUAAAUUGUGACAAAUGUUCAGCAAUGUGGCGUGUAUAUUUUGCUAGAAGGGCAGUAUAGUUUGCAAUCUCAGCUGCCAGGAUGCAGAGGCGUAGGCCUUUCUGCCCAUUAGGUAUAAGGAGAGGUCCUGGCAGCAUUUUGCUUUCCUCCCUGGUUAACCACAUCAGCUGCCAACGAGUUCAGAGCAGGGUGGGAGAACAGAAAAUCCUCCCCUCGAGGUGCCAUGUAGUACUUCCUGUCUGAUUGUGACGGACCCCACCCCAUGCUUGUUGAGAUGGACUCAUGGCCAUGAAUAUACAUAUCUGAAAAGUGUUUUGCGCAAAUUAUUUCGUGUAACCCAUCUAUCGUCAUGUCACAAGCCACUGGUCCUCUUUAUCUUACUCUGUUGUAUGUAUCAUUUGUGUUUGUAAAAUUAGACACAUUCACAUGUGUGAAUGAACGACA